CCUCCCUCACUCUCUGUCUCUCUCGGCUUACAGUAUACACCUAUCUGUCUUCCACAAGCAUCAGCAGUCUCUCCAUCUCUCUCCGCGAUACUGAGCGCUACUACAGCGCAAAACAUGGCAUCUCUGCGCCCCGAAGGACCGCUCUCCGCCGCCGCGCACCUCUGCGUCUUUCUGCUGAUUGCCUCGGCCUGGAUGGCACUGACGGGACCCGUGUGCUGUGACAGCGGGGCUUUAACCCGUCGGAGCGGGGAGGACCGUACGUUUGACAUGGGCGGCCGAGACGGAGGCUACCCGCCGGGCUUACCACUGGACGGUGACGAGGAAGCCGUCGGAGCAGAGAGCUCACCCCGCUUCAGGAGAGCACUGUCCCGGGAAAAACAAAUGUCCCUGCUCAGCAGCUCUUUCGUUCUCAAAGGGGAUGCGACCCACAACCAGGCGAUGGUCCACUGGACAGGAGAGAACAGCAGCGUCAUCCUGAUCCUGACCAAGUACUACCACGCUGACUCCACCAAGGUACUGGAGAGCUCACUGUGGAGAUCUUCUGACUAUGGCACCACCUACACCAAACUCAACCUGAUGCCAGGGACAACAAUCGUGGUGACCAGCUUUUAUAUCUGCCCAACCAACAAAAAAAAGGUAGUGCUGGUUGGUUCAUCCAUAAAUGAAAGGGAUCAAAUGCUGUUUAUCAGCACAGAUGAAGGUUCUUCCUUUCAACGACAGCCCAUCUCCUUCACCCCGGACACGCUCAUAUUCCACCCUAAGGAAGAAGACAAGCUCCUGGCCUACUGCAAGGAGGGCCGGCUCUUUGCUUCUACAGACCUGGGCCGCAAGUGGACUUUGCUUCAGGAGCGGGUGACCAAGGACAAAGUUUUCUGGUCAGUAUCUGGUGUGGAUGUGGACCCUGAUCUGGUACACAUGGAAAUGCAAGAUACAAGUGGAGGUUACCUGUAUGUUACCUGUCUCAUCCAGAACUGUUCGGACAAAAUGGUGACGGCUCAAUUUCUUGGCAAAAUCGACCACAACUCGCUGGUAGUGCAAGACGACUAUAUUUUUGUCAAGGUCACCACAGGGAAUCGCACCAAGCAUUUUGUGUCGUAUCGGCGCAAUGACUUUGUCCAGAUGAAGUUUCCCAAGUACGCCUUGCCAAAGGAUGUUCAGAUAGUGAGUACAGAUGAUAACCAGGUCUUCCUCGCACUCCAGGAGUGGUACCAGUCAGACACAUUUAACCUGUACCAGUCUGACCCUCAGGGUGUCUACUACUCAAUCGUCCUGGAAAAUGUGCGCAGCACCAAACAGCCAGAGGAGAAUAUCCUCAUCGACAUACUUGAGGUGCGUGGAAUCAGAGGAGUUUUCCUGGCCAAUCAGAAGAUCGAUGGCAAAGUGACAACUCUCAUCACCUAUAACAAAGGACAAAACUGGGAGCCCUUGGCCCCACCUACCACUGACAUGAAUGGCAAGCCAAUCAGCUGCAAAGCGCCGCACUGUCACCUCCAUCUCCACCUACGCUGGGCAGACAACCCCUAUGUGUCCGGGACUGUUCACACGAAAGACUCUGCUCCAGGUCUCAUCAUGGGUGCUGGUAACCUUGGCUCCAAACUAGUAGAGUAUAAGGAAGAGAUGUACAUAACUUCAGACUGCGGGAAGACGUGGAGACAGGUUUUCGAGGAAGAGCAUCACAUCCUGUACCUGGACCACGGAGGGGUCAUUGUUGCCAUCAAGGACACCUCUAUUCCACUCAAGAUACUCAAAUUUAGUAUUGAUGAAGGACGUACUUGGACUGUUCACAACUUUACCAGCACCUCUGUGUUCGUUGAUGGACUCUUAAGUGAGCCAGGAGAUGAGACCCUGGUUAUGACUGUGUUCGGCCACAUAAGCUACAGGUCAGACUGGGAGUUAGUCAAAGUGGACUUCAGGCAAUCUUUCCCCCGUCAGUGUACUGAGUCUGACUACGUGUCCUGGCAACUCACAGACCUGCAGGGAGAGAAAUGCAUUAUGGGCCAGGAAAGGAGUUUCCGGAAGAGGAAGGACACAGCGUUCUGUAUCAAAGGAAAAAGCUACAUAUCAGCUCUCACCACCAAACCCUGCCAAUGCACCGAGCAAGACUUCAACUGUGACUAUGGUUUUGAACGUUCGCAUACGGAUGGCAAUCACUGCUUUGCUGACUUCUGGCACAAUCUAGAUUCACCACCCGAAGACUGCCAUCUAGGAAAAAUCUACGAGUCCAGCACUGGCUACAGGAAGAUUAUAUCAAACAUGUGUGAAGGGGGUCUAAACAAGCAGCAGAGCGCCACGCAGCACAGCUGCCCUCUGCUGCCCCCUAAAGGACUACAGGUCAGCAUCAAAGGGCAGAUGUUGGCUGUGGCGCCAGGUGAUGACAUCACAUUCAUUGUCCACCAGGAAAAGGGUGACACCAGCAGCACCAAGUACCAGGUGGACCUUGGCGAUGGGGUUCGGGCCAUCUACCAGAACCUAACGGUGACUGAUGAGCCUAUCCAGCAUCGCUACAAAAAUCCAGGCAUUUAUAAGGUCACAGUGAAGGCUGAGAAUAUGGCAGGGCACGACGAGGCCACCAUGUACAUCCAGGUGACAGCCCCUCUACAGGAAGUGCACCUUGAAGUGGCUCCCAUUACUGGGAGAAACCAUGAGGUCAAUCUUACGGCCAUAGUUCUUCCAACAGAGGCAAACCUGUCUGUCUUCUACUGGUGGAUAGGAGACAACCUGCAGCCUAUGCUGACUCUGCAGAACAGCCUUCUGACCCGUUUCCCAGAGACAGGAGAGGUUUCAAUCACUGUCCAGGCUUCUAAUGGCCGAUCUAUGGUGCAAGAUACCAGGACAGUUCAAGUUUACGAUAACUUCCAGGUCAUCCGUCUGAGUUUCAGCAUGAACCUGGACCGCUUCAACCCAAACAUCCCAGAGUGGAGAGAGGACAUUGGCCAAAUGGUCACUAAAAUACUAACUAAGACCACAGGUAUCCCUCUGGAGUCCCUUCUUACGGUGGUGAAGCCUGGCCUCCCCACUAAUGCUGACUUGUACAUCCUCCCACUGUACAGCAAUCCAGCCAAGAGGAGCAUGUUUUUAGAUAAGCGUAUUCCAGCCAUCAUACAAGCCUUAAACAGCAACAAUGUCAGCUUCAAGGUACGAGGAGGUAUACAAGUGCUGGUGAUGCUAGCUGACCCAGAUGCAGGCUUCUAUGGAGCUGCAAAAGGUCCGGGUGUUUGGGCUCUAGCAGUAAUUAUCCUAAUCAGCAUCUUCGCCACCGGCUCCUUCAUCCUCUACAAGUUCAAAAGGAAGCUACCAGGCAGCCGCAAUGUCUAUGCUCAGAUGCACAAUGAGAAGGAACAGGAGAUGACCAGCCCCGUCAAUCACAGUGAGGACACCCAGCACAUCAUCCAGGGGGAGGAGUUCAUUGACGAUGACCUGGACUCACAGACUCUAGGCAACCAUUCGGGUGUGGUCCUGAGCAUCAACUCCAGAGAACUACACAGUUACCUAACAAGCUGAUGACUACCAUGGCAAUGCUAACGAGCUAGCCUAGUCUAGCUGGUUAACGAGCACAGGGACUCCACACAAACUUCCUCCCAACUCCUUUUUCUUCUCCUCUUACUCGGAUAUUUAACACCUUGGCCUCCUCAACCCUUGGGGGGUAGGGUGAAGAUCUUGAUGGCAUCAUACCAAGGACAUCUGUGUUGUGAAAAAGAAAAUCAAUUUGUACUCAAACUUAGCAAGACUGACUGCAAUGGUGUCCAUUAAUUUUCACUCAAACGGUUGAACCAUCCAUUACCAAGAGGCCAUUAGGCCAAGCUAUGGCCUCUUGGUGACCAAAGACAAGUGCGCUAAAAUGAUUCCAAGCAGUAAGAUAAAGAAGUCUUAUUAAAGGCAAAACAAUUUUCUCUUUGCUUCCCACAAAAAUAGUAGACACUUUCUCUUCACAGGCAAUAAUGAAUCGUAGGAUAUGAUAGCCCUUGUGAAUUUGCAUAUGACAAGUGUAUACAUGCAUACACAAGGGGGCAUAGUUGCACUUUCACACUCACAGGUACUUGGAGCACUCAGCUUCUUUGGAAUAUACUGUAAGUCCACAAAAUCAUUGUUAAUUUUUCAAAAUCUUGUAACCUUGUUUCUAGCUCACACAUUUACAGAAGUUGUUGUGUGGUGUUUAAAAUAAGCACCACUUUUGUCUGUCCUUUGGUGCCUACAACAGCAGAUAAUAUUAUAGGCUUAGUGACAACACAUUGUUGGGUUUAUUUAUUUCUUAUAACAGUAUGCCCCUUCCUCCCCACACAGUCCGAGUCAGAGGUCAAAGCGGACUUGUUCCACUGGAGACAAGCUCUGUCAUGGAGUGAAGGUGUAGUUUAUGUAUUUUACUGUAUCAGCCUAUAUUAGGCAUAGCCAACGGUGAAAUCAUGUCUCCUUAGAGGUUUGGUUUGUUGAAUGUAAAUGUGUAAAUAUUAACAAUCUUCACUUUGGACAUAUUCCCUUUGACAUGUGUGAGUAUUUUACACUUGUACCAAAAUACACAGCAAUUAGUGUGAAUCUUCACUUAGUUUUCAUUAGUUUGAACAAUUCUCACUGUUUCCAGUUUCCUCAUUGUCAUUACCUGUGUCACAUGUAUCCUUUUUCAAUACUUUCAGUGUAAGCUCAUGAACAAGAUCAUUUUAUGAUAUCCAUUGUAAACUGAGAUAAUGUUCUUGUCUCAUAAAGAUACUCACAACUACACAGUGACAACUAUGUAUAUCGAUAUUUUUGAUACACAGUUUUUCUCUGUACUGGUUAUUGUUUCUCUUGCCUUUGGCUGAAGUCUUUUUGUUUCUUUGUACUUUGUACUAAUGAUGUAAACAGUGCUGUCAACACAAACGUUACAUUAACUGAACAAGUCUACAGACUCUGAAUCAAAAGGUCUUUGGAUAAAAGGCCUUCGCAGUUCAAAUGCUACCAUUACCACCAAGAUCACAUUUGCCUUGUAUGUGAUACAAACAGCAGAUUACAUUCACUCAUCCAGAUUCACACUUUGAUUAAUCUUUUGUAGAUAUUCUUCUCAUGUUUAACUUGUUCUUAGUUUUUCUAGUGAUGUGUCGUCAUGUAUCAGUGCCCCUAACCUUAACAAAGGGGAAAGUAGGAAUUUUGAUAUUCCAAUAUAAUAAUGGAGUUUUUCACCUGAUGGCACAACCAUGUAAUUUUGACCACACCAAUUUUAUUCUAUUAUUUUCCUCUUUCUGCAGGGUUUGAUUGAUUUUGCUGUUAAAAACAAUUGUGUGUCCUCAUCAGGAUGCACAUUGCACAUAAACCUGCAUCCUGGAAUAAAUCACUCCCACAACUUGU